AUUUUGUAUAUAGAUCUCUAUGUUCUGUCUGUAUCUUUAGAUGGGUGGGACUUCAUUUGAUUGACAAACCAUGUGGACAAUCAAGAAACAAAGCUGAGAAGUCAGAUUUUCUACCAGGACAUCUCCGAAAAUAAUAACGGUUUUUAGACUAUGUCUGAGGUAACUCUGUAAAACCAGAUAACACAGAUCAUGUCUCCAUCUCCUUAUUAAACGGUGUCAAACAUCAGUAAACACUGAGCCAACGGCAGCUGAAGCCGAACCUGAGCCUGGUUGUGUGGGUGUCAGAACGCGGACCCGGCUGGCUGCCGAUGUUAGCUAACAGGCUAACCGAUGUAACGCCACCAGUUACGUAGCGAGUCCCGGCAGGAGGAGGAGCAGCUGCGGGCGACAGGAACAAGACUACAGCAGCUCUGCUUCCAACCACUUCCUCAGUACUUUUCCACCCAUGUUGGAGUGAUCUGCUCGCGGUAACAACAACAGAAAAGAUGGGAAAUCAUGUCGUCCGGGAGGACUUUGAGUGGGUUUACACGGACCAGCCGCACGCCGACCGCAGAAAAGAGAUUCUGGCUAAAUAUCCAGAAAUCAAGUCGCUGAUGGGUCCUGACCACAGGCUGAAGUGGAUUGUGUGCUUGAUGGUGGUGAUCCAGUUCUUGGCUUUCUACCUGGUCAAAGACUUGGACUGGAAGUGGGUUUUGUUUUGGACUUAUGCGUUCGGCAGCUGCAUCAACCACUCAAUGACCCUUGCCAUUCACGAGAUCUCUCACAACACAGCCUUUGGAAACAACAAGGCCACAUGGAACCGCUACUUCGCCAUGUUUGCCAACCUGCCCAUCGGGCUGCCGUACUCCGCCUCCUUCAAACGCUACCACCUAGACCACCACCGCUACCUGGGCGGAGACGGCAUUGACGUGGACAUCCCUACUGAUUUUGAAGGUUGGUUCUUCUGUACGCGUUUCCGCAAAUUCAUCUGGAUUAUCCUGCAGCCGCUGUUCUACGCCGUCCGGCCCCUCUGCAUCAACCCCAAGCCCAUCAGUCAGCUGGAGGUCACCAAUGUGGCCUUCCAGCUCACCUUCAACGUCCUGCUGUACUGGCUGUGGGGGGCCAAACCUGUGGUCUACAUGCUGGCCGGCUCCAUGUUGGGAAUGGGCUUGCACCCCAUCUCUGGCCACUUCAUUGCGGAGCACUACAUGUUCCUGAAGGGCCACGAGACAUACUCCUACUAUGGCUCCUUAAACCUGCUCACCUUCAACGUGGGUUACCACAACGAGCACCACGACUUCCCCAGCAUCCCAGGACGAAGACUGCCCCAGGUGAGGAAGAUAGCAGCGGAGUACUACGAGGACCUUCCUCAGUACACGUCCUGGAUCAAGGUUCUGUACGACUUCAUCAUGGACGACUCUCUGAGCCCGUAUUCCCGAAUCAAAAGGAAGCUGAAGGGAGACGUGAAACAGGAGUAGCUUCUCUGGAAGCUUGUGUGGACCAAAGCUGACACCCUGCUCCCCCAUUAACACCUCCUGCACAUUAACGCCGGUUCAGACCAGUUCUGUUGGACUGAGAACGUUUGUUACUGAAAAGGUUGUUGGACUGAUGUUCAGUUAAACUCCAGCAGGUUAUUUGUCAGUGUUGUCUUGCUGAGAAAAUUUGCACACAUCCUUUUUUGUGGUAAAAUGUAGCUAGACUGAGAGAAAUUCAGAUGCCUUAAACCCAACAUGAAGUUUAGGAUUAAAUCACCUUCCAAACCAAAUAAGAUGGACAUGUUCAGUUUUUCAUUUUCUGCCUGAUGUUCUGAUGAUUAACACACAGAAGCUGUCUGAUCCAAUCAGACGUUGAUCGCUGCUUCCUGCUCGUCGUCCUGGUCAACAGGCAUUAUUCAGCUUUUAACACAGCUCCUCUAUUAUUUCACCACGUUGCCAGAUCUGCUUUUAUUCAGCUCCCAUCGUUUGGUGCUACAUAAUAAGCUGAAGAAUAAACAGAAUUCAUGUAACUUUAAAUAACGGGAAUAAUAACAGUGCCUGACAAAGAAAAUGUUUGUUUUAAUAUUCGUGGUGAUGAUCAACUAUGUUUUUAUGCUUGAUACAUAACACAAGCCCACCUCAGAUAAACGUCAUUCCUCCGUGUUUGUGAGCUCGGCAUCAGGAGGCUGCCCUGUGACAAAAAAACAACCGCACCUGAAGGAGGUUCCCAGCAUCUGUUGCCAUGGUGAGGCAGCUUGGUAAGAAGAAGCUUUGUGAUGCUGAAAAUCCCAGGCUGAACCUGAAGUCACCUAGAUAAGCUCCCGCCUCACGGUGCACACCUGAUUGGCUCUACUGUUAUGAAAACGGCUGAGAUGUUGACUGACUGCUGAGUCCACUGAUUUAUUUCCCUCCUGUAAAUUGACUGAAAAAUAAAAGUACUUUUUAUUGUCA